GUUUAUGCACGUUCAAAGAACAUCCUCUUCAACCCAUCUUAUAACCACCAUACGAUAUGCCACGAGAUCCUCUCAUCGGCCUCGUAGGCAAGCCCUCUUCAGGGAAAAGUACAACACUUAACAGUCUUACAGAUGCUACCUCCAAAGUUGGCAAUUUUCCAUUCACAACCAUCGACCCUCAACGCGCAAUCGGAUAUCUCCAAAUCGACUGUGCCUGCGCUCGCUACAAUCUCCAAUCACGUUGCAAGCCCAACUACGGUUCCUGUAUAGAUGGCCGUCGCUCUGUUCCUAUCGAACUCCUCGAUGUAGCUGGUCUCGUGCCUGGCGCACACGAAGGAAAAGGUCUCGGAAAUAAGUUUCUUGACGAUUUACGUCAUGCAGAUGCACUCAUUCAUGUCGUAGACGUAAGUGGUACCACCGAUGCAGAAGGAAAAGCAACAAGAGGCUAUGAUCCUAGUUAUGAUAUUGUGUGGUUACGUUCAGAGAUCGUAGCAUGGAUUCGAGGAAAUUUGAUGCAAAAGUGGGGAUCGAUAAAACGGAGACACGUAGCUGUGAAGGCUACAGCUGUUGAGACAUUACAGGGUCAAUUUUCUGGAUAUGGAAGUACAAGUGCGGUGGUUGCGCGGACGCUGGAUAAAUUGGCAUUGAAGGAGCCAUUGGAACACUGGUCCGAUGAAACAAUUGAUUUGGUGGUGAAUGCUUUCACGGAUGAAAAAUUUCCAACGGUCAUCGCGCUCAAUAAGAUUGAUCAUGCGGAUGCGGAUAAGAACAUAAGCAAGAUUGCAAAGAUGCAGGAUCCAAAGAGUAUAGUGCUAUGUAGUGCUGUUUCGGAGGUUUUCUUGAGGAGAUUGGCUAAGCAAGGCUUUGUGAAGUACACGGAGGGAAGUGAGUUUGUGGACACGAGGGAGGACUUAAUUGCUGAUGGUGAUGAGACUGGAGGAGGGCUGAAAGAAUUGGAUGAAAAGCUCAAAAACAGAAUUGAGAAUUUAAAGGAUAUGGUCCUUUACAGAUUUGGAAGCACGGGAGUAGUACAAGUACUUUCUCGAGCAGCAGAGUUACUAGGUUUAGUACCAGUAUUUCCUGUAAGGAACGUAGGAAGUUUGAUAGCAGGAAAUGGUGGAUCUGGAAGUGAGAAGGUAUUCAGAGAUUGUGUAUUGGUCAAGAAGAAUACUACAGUUGCGGAGUGUGCGAGAAAAGUUAUGGGAGAUGCUCCAUUGGCUUAUGUUGAAGGAGCCGGUGGAGUAAGAGUUUCGGAAGAUGCUAUUGUUUCUGUUGGUCAUAAUGAUAUCCUUUCCUUCAGAGUCGGAAGAGCAUGAGGAGCUCACAAUUUUCAUUUCAAAAUUCAUUUGUGAUGUUGUGGGCCUGGCGUUUUAGGAAGAAGGAUUCAGCAUAGCAAAUGGCGUUCAUGAGGUCCAAUUCAAAAUUAAAUACAUUCAAGGUUUACUUGAGUUAUGUGUUGUUGACAUACAGCAGAUAUGGUCUUUUGUUCAAGUAUUGAAUACGUGCCAAAUUAUUGCUAUCAUAAGAUUGUAUUUCCGUAGAUUUCCCUCAGCAGUACAUAUGUUAGUAUUUCAACAAUAAGCGAAUAUGUUAACAGUGGUCGAUCUUCUCUA